AUGAAUAAAUGAUUAUUCUCAACUAAUCAUAAAGAUAUUGGUGUACUUUAUUUCAUCUUUGGAAUAUGAGCAGGAAUAGUUGGAUCUUCUCUAAGUAUAAUUAUUCGUAUAGAAUUAGGUACCCCUGGUCCUCUUAUUGGUAAUGAUCAAAUUUAUAAUUCUAUUGUAACUUCUCAUGCAUUUGUCAUAAUUUUUUUUAUAGUUAUACCAAUUCUUAUUGGUGGAUUUGGUAAUUGAUUAAUUCCACUUAUGUUAGGAGCUCCAGAUAUAGCAUUUCCACGAAUAAAUAAUAUAAGAUUCUGGCUUCUUCCUCCUGCUCUUAUUAUCUUAUCAUCAAGUAUAUUUACUAGUAAAGGUGUUGGAACAGGAUGAACAGUUUAUCCACCUCUCUCUUCAUCAGGUCAUGUAGGCCUAGCUGUUGAUUUAUCUAUUUUUUCCCUUCAUAUUGCAGGUAUAUCUUCUAUUAUAGGAGCUAUUAACUUUAUCUCUACAAUCAUCAAUAUACGUAAUAAGAGUCUUAGUAUAGACAAAAUUUCCCUUUUAUCGUGAUCUACUAACAUUACUGCUAUUCUUCUACUUUUAUCUCUUCCAGUUCUAGCAGGAGGGACUGUAAUUACUUUAUUAAUCCAACGUUCUAGCGACAGGUCAAAAUCCACGAGGUCUCGAAAGCGUCUCUCUCGAUCUUAG